UGUUAAUUUUGGAAUUUCAGAAACAAACAAGUUCUACAGUUGUUGUAGACACUUUUACAAAGUCCUUUGACGAAGCCAUAGUUCUGUACCGAAGUAUUAUGAAAAAGCAUCAAACAAUGGAUUCCCCUUCGCGACUACCAUUUGAGGAGUUACACAAGCAAGCAAAACGAACUGCAAAUGAAGAGCUGGCCAGCAAUUUGCCAAAAGCUCCUAUUGGUCUGGUGAAUUCAACCAAAGAAAAAUUUAAUAAGCGUAUACAAGAAAUCUGUGAGGAAUACCGUACAGCAUAUAAGAACCCAGAGGUCAUGAAAGACGGGUUGUUUAAAAAGAAUGAGGGUGUGCUGCAAGGUUGUGUGAAACAUGUCUCCAACAAACUUAACAAGCAACUACUGAAGGAUUUUGGUGACAAAAUUAAUGUUGUGUUGGAAAAAAAAUUCAAUGACUUUCGAAAUCGUAAUGCAAAAUAUGAGGAAGAACUUCUUGAAAAUGCAAUGGGCAAGAUUUUAGAAAGUGUCACUAUAUAUAAAAACAUGGUUGGGGAGGCGACAGGGAAUUCAUUCAUUAGUGAAACAGACUUUGAACGCAUUCAUCAACAGAGUAAAGCAGCGGCACUUGAAUGUUUGGAGAAAAGCAGUAUUAGAAAUAAAGAGAAUUUCGCCAACACACUGAAUACUGCUAUUAAGCAGGAACAUGAAAAAGCUCUUGAAGUACUAAAAACACGUCUGGUAACACCAAAUACUGUCGCUAAGCAGCAAGCUAUAAAGCCAAAGCAUAGUUUCAAGUUUGGAGAGAUUAUUGUUCAAGUUGCAAAUUGUGGUAUCACUGAUCUGCCAAAAUCAAACAUCAUUGUAAACAGUGUAGGAUCUGAUUUUAUUCUAGCUAGAGGUCAAGUUAGCAGGAUCUUGCUCCACCAUGUUGGGCCUAAACUACAGACAGAGUGCAAGAAUAAUCCAAAAUUUGCUACUGAAAGUUACCGCAUUACUUUUGGAAAAGAGUGACACCUUGGGAGCAAUAACAGUUGUGAUGCCUGUUCUUGGCUUAGGUGACAAAGAGGUUCCAGUGGCUAGAUGUGUUUUUUCCUCCAUUCACCUCGUCAUGAUAAAAUCUCACCCAUUUUUAACAAAAUGGGUCAAGAGGUUCACAACCAUAUUUUAUUAGAUUGAAAGAAUCCAGAAUCUAUCUUUGUAUAAGCAGUAUGAAGGCAAGCGGGAAGCUAUGGUAGACAAGGUGCAGAACUCGGUAGUAGAACAAGAGUUAUUUCACGGGACAAGUGAAGAAUCGAGUAACAAAAUUCAAAAUAAUAUUUGUCUGUAAUUUUCGGCAGGCAAAGUUACAGGCGAUUUUAAACUAUAUAAUGUUUUAAAGAAUUCUUUCUGAGCAU